AGAUAAUGGAGGAACAGUGCCGAAAAUGGAGGAACAGUACCGAAGAUCAUGGAGAAAGUUACCAGCACCGAAGAAAAUAAAUACAGAGAGAAGAGAACAGUUUGAGGCCUGCCCAACACACACACAGACUGCCCAGAUCAUGUUUUUCAGCUUUCAGACUGCAUUUUCCAGAUUUCAGCAAUAGUUUCCAGAUUUUCCAGAUUAGUUCAUAUUCUUAGCCUAGGUACUAAACCUUGGUAUUUUGAUUCCAGUUGUUGUAAUCACAUGUCUUCAGCUACUGCUUAUUUCUCUUCAAUGUCACCAAAUAAUUCCUUUCUUGACAUUUAUUCUGCUAAUGGCUCCCUUAUGAAUGACACACAGGCAAGACAACUUCUUGGAACUGGUUGCAAGGGUACACUGGCACAACAAUCUUGUCCUUACACUUUUGAACAGAACAGGCGAGCCAAACGUAAACACAGACACAUCCUUGAGUCUGUUCAUGCUCUACUCAUUUUGUCUUCUUAUCCAGAGCGAUUUUGGGGUGAAGCUACUCUUACAACUGUUUAUCUCAUUAAUCAGAUUCCAUCAUCAAUCAUCAAUAAUAAGUCGUCAUAUGAAUGUUUACAUGGUAUUCUUCCUGCCUAUGAUCUUCUUAAGGUGUUAUCUUUUGAUCAACCUCCACUUGUUACUAACCCUUCUAUUGAGCUAUUUCCUAGUGACUCUGAUGCAAAUACAUUUGAUGAGCUCUAUGAUGCCUUUCCACAUGCUCCACCUAGUUCUAAAGAAGAUGCUCUGCCUGCUGAUAAUGCAUUAGACAAUGGUGAGUCUUCUUCUCUUCCUUCUUCUGUAUCACCUAUUGGAUUUGACCCUGUUGAGCCCAAAAAUGAGAUCCUUAAUCCACCUUCAAGUUGUCCUACUCGGAUCAAAACUCGAUUUGAUGGUUUUGUGGAGUGUUACAAGGCUUGUUUGGUUGCUAAAGGAUUUACUCAGGAAUAUGGGAUUGAUUAUGAGGAAACCUUUGCACCUGUUGCUUAUCCUACUUUAGUUUGUAGUUUGAUUGUUAUUGCUACUGCAAAAGGAUGGAAAUUGUUUCAGAUGGAUGUGAAAAAUGCCUUCCUAAAUGGUGAUCUUGUAGAGGAAGUUUACAUGCAACCACCUCCUGGACUUAAGCAUCCUCCAAACAAAGUUUGUCAAUUGAAGCGAGCUCUGUAUGGUUUGAAACAAGCACCUCGAGCUUGGUUUGCCAAAUUUAGCACCACCAUCAGUGAAUUUGGUUUUACUUCUAGUCCUCAUGAUACUACGUUGUUCAUACGCAAGACUAAUCAUGAUGAUAUGAUCAUUAUUGAGGAUGAUAUUUCAAGUAUUCAUGAUCUUAGGCAAUUUCUCAGUCAUAAGUUUGAGAUGAAAGAUCUUGGUGUUUUGAGUUAUUUCUUGGGAUUUGAGGUCACUUCUUCUGAUGAUGGUUAUCUUCUCUCUCAAACAAAAUAUGCCUCUGAUCUUAUAUCUAAAGCUAGACUCGCUGACAGUAAGACUGCAUCUACUCUUCUUGAGCCAAAUGUUUGACUUACAUCUAUGGAUGGUUCUCCAUUACUUGAUCCUAUUUGCUACAGACAAUUGGUUGAAAGUUUGAUUUAUCUCACUACAACGCGACUAGACAUAGCUUAUGCAGUUUAUGUUAUUAGCCAGUUUAUGGCUACACCUCACUUCACUCACUAUGCAAUAGUACUUCGCAUUAUUCGCUAUAUUAAAGGUACUGUUUUUCA